AGCGCAGCCCUCCCCCAGGACGCCGUCAUGCUGCACAGCUUCACCCUGCGCCAGCAGCUGCAGACCACCCGCCAGGAGCUGUCCCACGCGCUGUACCAGCACGAUGCCGCCUGCCGCGUCAUCGCCCGGCUCACCAAGGAGGUCACUGCCGCCCGAGAAGCUCUGGCCACCCUGAAGCCGCAGGCUGGCCUCAUUGUACCUCAAGCUGUGCCUAGCUCUCAGCCGAGUGUGGUGGGUGCAGGCGAGCCCAUGGACCUGGGUGAGCUGGUGGGAAUGACUCCCGAGAUCAUCCAGAAGCUGCAAGACAAGGCCACGGUGCUGACCACGGAGCGUAAGAAGAGAGGCAAGACUGUGCCGGAGGAGCUGGUGAAGCCGGAGGAGCUCGGCAAGUACCGGCAGGUGGCAUCACACGUGGGGCUGCACAGUGCCAGCAUCCCUGGCAUCCUCGCACUGGACCUCUGCCCCUCCGACACCAACAAGAUCCUCACCGGUGGCGCGGAUAAGAACGUGGUUGUCUUCGAUAAGAGCUCUGAGCAAAUCCUGGCCACCCUCAAAGGCCACACCAAGAAGGUCACCAGUGUGGUGUUUCACCCGUCCCAGGAGCUCGUGUUCUCCGCCUCCCCGGAUGCCACCAUCAGGAUCUGGUCCGUCCCCAACACCUCCUGCGUGCAGGUGGUGCGGGCCCAUGAGAGCGCUGUCACCGGCCUGAGCCUCCACGCCACAGGCGACUACCUCCUGAGCUCCUCGGAUGACCAGUACUGGGCCUUCUCCGACAUCCAGACUGGGCGCGUGCUCACCAAGGUCACGGACGAGACCUCCGGCUGCUCACUCACUUGUGCACAGUUCCACCCGGACGGCCUCAUUUUUGGGACAGGAACCAUGGACUCGCAGAUCAAGAUCUGGGACUUGAAGGAGCGCACCAAUGUGGCCAACUUUCCGGGCCACUCGGGCCCCAUCACCAGCAUCGCCUUCUCCGAGAACGGCUACUACUUGGCCACGGCGGCCGACGACUCCUCCGUGAAGCUCUGGGACCUGCGCAAGCUGAAGAACUUCAAGACGCUGCAGCUGGACAACAACUUCGAGGUGAAGUCCCUGAUCUUUGACCAGAGCGGCACUUACCUUGCCCUUGGGGGCACAGACGUGCAGAUCUACAUCUGCAAGCAGUGGACGGAGAUCCUCCAUUUCACAGAGCACAGUGGCCUGACCACGGGGGUGGCCUUUGGGCACCAUGCCAAGUUCCUGGCAUCCACGGGCAUGGAUCGGAGCCUCAAGUUCUACAGCCUGUAGCCACACCGCACCUGCGGGGGCCGGGCCACUGGGCAGCGGGUAGUUAGGGAGGGCGGGUGGCAGGGGGCACUGCGGGGACGCUCGUGUCAUCUCUCUGGGGCGCCUGAGGGCCGUGCCAUGGAGACCACAUGGUCCACACGGCCCACACGGCCCAGGCCUCGGGGGCAUGGGGAGGGGGGGUCCUGCAGGUUUUAUAAGCAGCCAUUUAGUUUCAUUAAAA